AUGCGCCGCCUCCCCGCCUGGUUCGUCCGCUCCGGCACCUCCACCGGCCUGCUCUUCAACCGCGCCUCCCUCCCGCCCGUCCCCUCCCAGUGGCAAUCCAUCCUCGCCCCCGCCAUGGGCUCCCCGGAUCCCCUCUACGCCCGCCAGCUCGACGGCGUCGGCUCCGGCAUCUCUUCCACCUCCAAAGUCGUCGUCGUCGGGCCCCCUGGCAGCUCCGGCGCCGCCUCCAGCUCCGGCUCGGAUGUGGGGCCGGCCGCUGCCGCCGUCGACGCCGAGUUCACCUUUGUCCAGGUCGGCAUCCGCGACGGCGCCCUCGACCUCGCCGGCACCUGCGGCAACAUGUCGGCCAUUGUCGGCCCCGCGGCGUGGGACAUGGGCCUGGUGCCGCCGUCGCGGCUCGCCUCCCGCGUCUCGUACGACGCCGCCACAGACUCUCGCUGGGCGACGCUGCGCAUCCUCAACACAAACACCAACAAGGUCCUUGUGUCGCGGUUCCAGCUCGGCGGCAGCCCGCUCGCGUACGCCCCGCGCGGCGACUACGCCAUGGACGGCGUGCCGGGCACGCAGUCCCCCAUCACGCUCAGCUUCUUGGAUCCCGCCGGUGCAAAGACGGGGCGGGCGCUCCCCACGGGGAAUCCCGUUGACCAACUGCGUCUCCCCGACGGGAGCCGCGUCGAGGCCUCGCUCGUCGACGUCAGCAACCCGGGCGUCUUCAUCACCACGUCCGGCCUCGGCAUCGACGACGUCACGGCGGCAACCCUCACCCCGGCCCAGGUCGAAGCGGAUUCCGCCCUCAAAGCACGCCUCGAGCAGAUCCGCCAGGCCGGCGCCUCGGCAAUGGGGCUGGACCCCAAGACCGAGAGCGUGCCCAAGGUGGUGAUGCUGCUGCCGGCCGGCGCGAGGAAGUCCGCCGAGACGGACAUCCAGUGCCUGGCCAUGUCCAUGGGCCAGGCGCACAAGGCGGUGCCGCUGACGCUGGGGCUGUGUCUGGGCGCGGCGUCGCAGAUGGACGGGACGAUUGCGGCGGAGUUGAUGGGGGGGGAGAAGAAGCAGGUGAUUCGGAUUGGGCAUCCGAGCGGCGUCGUGGACGUGGGCACGACGGUCAAGGAUGGGAGGAUCGAGGAGGCGAAGCUGUUGAGGACGGCGAGGGUGUUGAUGAAGGGGGAUGUUUAUUAUUGA